AUGAGACCUAUGACAGAAGAAGAAAGUAAAACUUUCUUUGAAAAACUUAUAAAAUUUAUUGGUAAAAAUGUUACAUUAUUAAUACAAAGAAAAGAUGAACCAUAUUGUUUUAGAAUUCAAAAGAAUAAAGUAUAUUAUGUUAGUGAAGAAUUAAUGAAAAGAUCACAAAAUAUACCAAGAGAAGGAUUAUGUAGUUUAGGAACAUGUUUUGGUCGUUUUACAAAAACAGGAAAAUUUAAAUUAAAUAUCACUUGUUUAGAUUACUUAGCACAAUAUGCAAAAUAUAAAGUUUGGGUUAAACCAUCAUCAGAAAUGUCUUGGAUGUAUGGUAAUAAUUUAUUAAAAGCUGGUUUAGGUAGAAUUACAGAAGAUACACCUGCAAAUCAAGGUGUUGUUUUAUUCUCAAUGAAUGAUGUACCAAUUGGUUUCGGUGUUACCUCAAAAUCAACUCAUGAAUGUAGAAAAUUAGAUCCACAAGCUUUAGUAGUUUAUCAUUAUGGUGAUGUUGGUGAAUAUUUGAGAGAUGAAGAUAUUAUGUAA